UCGAGCUCAGUGCCUUCCAGUAAACGGGAUACUCUGCUUGACAUGGUCAGUGACAAGGACUUGAAAAAAAUAGCUGUCGUAUACUCCUUAGUGGAGUCGUUAUGGUGUUGCUACUACAUUAUAUUCGGCUAUCGAACCAAGUUCGGUAACGUUAGAGAAUACAUGCUGUAUUUCGAUAUAUACUUCGGCAUAGAAUGCUUCUUAAAUAGCUGUAGUGGCGUGGUCCUAUUCAGCGGAAUGCAGAAGUUCCGGCUGCCCAAAGAAGAUUUGGCUGAAAACCCACCUUGCUACUGUAUCACGAUGUACAUCGAAGAGCCACUGCUCUCGCUGAAGUUGUACAUAAUCUGGUCGGUGAUAGCGGCUACGAUAUGUUUCACCGGGAGCUGUGCUCUGGCGUACUGCCAAAAAUACUGCCCUAUACCGUAUAACAGCAUGAAAGAUGAAGCUGCAUUGAAAAAGAGCCAGCAUCUCCACGAAAACUCUAUCUUCUCGUCGCUCGUCUUCUACUUUAUAUACGCUGUCUUUAAGGCCUUGGUGCUGAUCGUCAUGUGGAAAUUCUACUACCAUCACCUGAGGAAAGUUCGCAACGGACAGCCUCUGUACACCCCGUACGACCACGGACACCGGGGCCACCAGACGCAAUACAGCGUAGAGCACCAGUCGCUCUCCAAGUAUCUCAUGCCACCGGCGAGGUCUCCGGAAGCACCCGCCACUCCAAACUUCCACAUGAGUGCAGCUAACCUCACGAAUUGAAGAGGCGGCUCCCACAAUUUUUCCUCAAUACCGAAUACGUCGUUCGUACUUCAACCCAGUAACCACGAGCCUGUGAUAUGCAUAUAGCACCUGAAGUGUAAAAAAAAAAAAAAAAAAAAAGGAAAACUGUGUACACAAAACUUGCUGUAGUGUACUUGCUGUGAAUAACCUUGCCAUAGGAACUGUCAACGUUAUGCGUAUCAUUUCAGUAAUAUAUCACUAUCAGCUUCACUACCAUGACUCCAUUACAACAGAGCAGCAACAUUACGUUUACUCGCUAACACAGCCGAAGAGAGACAUGUCGCAAGGUGGCUUCUCCUACGUACACUGCGGUAGCGCAGUGAAAGCACGCUUUACAGGAGACCUGCUAUUUGUAGAAUGAUAGAAUGUCAGUGAACAACAGCGGGUGAACAAGGGGA